AUGAACAACUCCCUCGUCUGGACAGAAGACUACGCCGAAGAAUGCGAUUCCGGAGUCGUAGUCCUCAACAAAGGCCGUAUAGACACUCUCGUCGGCCUGCUGCACGUCGCAUGGCAAAACACGCACGACGUCCGCGAAGAAGUAACCUACCGACUCGGCCACGGCGAUAAAGAGUCUUGGUGGCUCGGUCUAGAACUUGGUGGUUCGCGGUACGAAUUCGAGAAGCAUUACGGCUCGAUACUAGGUUGGGGUAAGGAAGAAGGAAAAGUGAGCAGUUUUGUCAUCUCACAUACAGAUGAGAAGGAUAAGCUACUGUGGUACAAUGGAAGCUUGCUGAAGAAUAAGAUAGUGGAUCCGGAGGGGUAUGAAGUCCCGGAGUAUUGGAUGACGGAUGGCAAGUGGCACAAGGGUAGGACCAAGGGUGAUAUGAGCUGUAUGGAUGAGAGUGAGGUUUUGAAAUUGAGUGAUAAAGAACAACACGUUUUGAGGGAGAGUAUUGAUAUUGCGAAAAAGGUGGACGAGGCUUUGAAGGGGCGUUGA